CUCCUCCACCUCUCAUUUAUGUCCAAGGAAGUCGGUCAUUGUGACUGCUCAGUUGUCCAGGGCACUGGAAUUAUACCAUGAAUUGCAUGCAUUGGAUAGAUUUGAACAAGAUUACAAGCGAAAGCUUCAAGAAGAGGAUAACUUGAGUGCCGCUCAGAGAGGAGACAGCCUUGCAAUUUUAAGGGCAGAAUUGAAGAGUCAAAAGAAGCACGUAAGAAGUUUGAAAAAGAAGUCACUCUGGUCCAAGAUUUUGGAAGAGGUGAUGGAAAAGCUUGUAGACAUUGUCCAUUUCCUGCAUGUGGAGAUCCAUGAUGCUUUUGGCAGUGCAGAUGGAGAUAGACCAGUCAAAAACAACCAUAAAAAAUUGGGAUCUGCCGGUCUUGCAUUGCAUUAUGCAAAUAUUAUUACUCAAAUUGAUACACUUGUAACUCGAUCAAGUUCUGUGCCUCCAAAUACAAGAGAUGCUUUAUAUCAAGGACUUCCACCUAGUGUAAAAUCAGCUUUGCGCUCCAAAUUACAGUCAUUUCACCCAAAGGAAGAGCUUACCGUCCCCCAAAUCAAAGCCGAAAUGGAGAAAACUUUGCAGUGGCUUGUUCCCAUUGCCACAAAUACAACCAAGUCUGAAGUGAACCGCAAACCUGCUGGCCAAACAGACUUGAUCCGGAUUGAGACGCUCCACCAUUCAGAUAAGGAGAAAACCGAAGCCUAUAUUCUCGAAUUGGUAGUGUGGCUUCACCAUCUCAUCAGCCAAUCAAGGGCUGCUGGCAAUUGUGGAAUCAGGUCCCCCGUUAAAUCCCCAAUUCGUUCCCCAAGUCAGAAAGCAAUUCAGUUAUCAAUGCAACACCCCAGCUCUCCAUCACCUUCACUGACAGUCGAAGACCAAGAGAUGCUUCGGGAUGUAGGCAAAAGGAGACCAACCCCGGGAAAAAGUAAGAGUCAAGAAUUUGAUACUGCAAAAACCAGGUUAAGUAAGCACCAUAGGCUGAGUAAGAGCAGCAGUCACUCUCCAACGAGGGAAAUUAAGAAGGAUCCCUUUCCCAUUAGGAGACUAUCAUCUGUCCCGGUCAUUGACUUUGACAUUGAUCGGAUCAAGGCAUUGGAUGUCAUUGAUAGAGUAGACACCAUUCGAAGUGUAUAG